GUAAAACAUGUGAUGGUGUCGGAGAAUAACAUCUUUGGAUAUGCCUAUUUUUAAGUAAAUUAAAUAAAAAAUAAUCAAAACUACAUAUCAAGCAGUAUUUAUUAGAUCUUUAUUUAUAGCUAUAAUACAAAAUGCGGACAAGACUGGUUAUUGGAUCCGUGCUGGUGUGUUGCGUGGCGCUGUCAUGGGUGUGCAGCAACCUCUACCAGGAGCUGCUCAACUACUACGAGCAGACAGAAGUGCUCAUAGACAGUGACUACUCAUGGUGUUUCCGGUUGUUACUGAACUUGGUGGGCUACUCCACCAUCCUGGUGCCCGGCUACAUCCUCUACAAGUAUCUUCACAGCACUCAAUACUUUGAAAAGAUAAGAAUCAUUGAAAACCGGCGCUUCGGUGUACACCGAGCACAUGCCGAAUGAAUUCCUUUUCAUUUAUUGAAUAAACUGAUUUCUUUCUUUCUUUC